CAAGUGCUAAUAUUAAUUGUACGUGUUAAUUUUAGCAAGGGGUUAUUAUAAUUUUUAAAAUAAAUGAAUAGCUCAGUGUAGAUAUGUUGCAGUUUUACAUUCCAGUUGUAUCGGGUCUAAUAAGCACUAAUAUCACUUGAAAUAACAUUUGGUUUUGACCAUUUAAAAAAAAAAAAACCUCUGGUCAAAUUACCACUUAAAACUGAGCAAAUACCAUGGAAAUGAAAGGGGAGUUUCAGUACCCUUUUAACCCUUGCACUGCUUGUAAGUACAAACGUGACCAAAACAUCCCCAAAGUGUGAGUAAUUCAGCUUUUCCCUACACUGCUCUCUAUUGCACAUUUUAUUCAGGCACUAAUUAGAGAUGCAGGAAUCAAUGAUAGGGAGGUUGGACAGCCCGGUCCCCCCAGUGGCAGCCCAAUAGACUGAUGAGUUAUUGUCAUGUAAAAAGCACCAGCAAUAAGACCAACCGCUUUGCUAUUGUCCAAGUGGAAAGAGCCAAGUUUAUUAUGAGGACUCUAUGCUCUGGAGACCCCAGGCGAGGCAGCUCAUAGGAGGCUUUUUCAUAAAACUGGGCUCUGCAGCAAGUAAGAAGGCCAGUACUGAAUCAGGCACACAGCAGAGCACAUCUCCUCCCAGAGCCUUCAGCCUCAGCUCCUCCAGUGUUUCCUCUGCAGCCACCUCCAGGGUGACACUUCCAGAGCCACUUCAAUGUAUAAAAUGGAAUAUUCUUACCUCAAUUCCUCCGCCUAUGAGUCUUGCAUGGCUGGCAUGGACACUUCUAGCCUGGCCUCAGCCUACGCUGAUUUCAGCUCAUGCAGCCAAGCCAGUGGCUUCCAGUAUAAUCCUAUCAGGACCACUUUUGGGGCCACUUCAGGUUGCCCGUCCCUUACCCCUGGAUCCUGCAGCCUCGGCACUCUCAGAGACCACCAGGGCAGCCCGUAUGCAGCAGUUCCUUACAAGCUAUUUACUGAUCACGGCGGGCUGAAUGAGAAAAGGAAACAGAGAAGGAUACGCACCACCUUCACCAGCGCACAGCUCAAGGAACUGGAGAGGGUAUUUGCAGAGACCCAUUACCCUGAUAUCUACACCCGCGAGGAGCUGGCACUCAAGAUAGACCUGACAGAGGCCAGAGUGCAGGUCUGGUUCCAGAACCGCAGGGCCAAGUUCAGGAAGCAGGAAAGAGCAGCAGCAGCGGCGGCAGCAGCUGCCAAGAAUGGCUCCUCAGGCAAGAAAUCCGACUCCUCACGGGACGAAGAGAGCAAGGACUCCAAGAGCGCUGACCCUGACAGCACUGGUGGGCCUGGGAACAACCCGAACCCCACUCCCAGCUGUGGUGGAGGGCCAAGUCCUAGCGGGGCACAAGGAAAUGGGGUCCCACAGGAGCCAGGCAAGGUUGGGGUGCCAGGGCCUGGAAGCCUAACAUCAGCAUCGGUUGUAGGAGUUUCAGGUGGACCACAAGGCUGGGCAACUGGGCCAGGUGGCACCAUCACCUCCAUCCCUGACUCCUUAGGAGGCCCCUUCGCCAGUGUCUUAUCUUCUCUGCAGAGACCCAACAGCACCAAAGCCACUCUAGUCAAGAGCAUGUUCUGAACUCUACCCCAGCCUUAUCCUUCUGAGUAACAGUACUAGUCCUCUUAGCUACAUGGCCCUUGCUCUUGUGCUUAGUGAGAAACAGAACACUGAGAGUAACAUUGACACGGGCCAGGCCUGCCCGCAACCUUCCUGGUGAGAUGGACCCUCGACAUCGGUUCCCUUCUUCAAAGCAGUGAAACUGACGGCCGCAUACAGGAAGCUGGUGGCUUCUUAGAGCCACAAUUGUGGACUCCAUAACUCACAAAAUCAUGGUUCCCGAGAUGAAGAUCUCAUCUAAGAAGAAGCCCAAGGUUUUUAUUAAGAACAAAUGGUCAUUCUACAGCAAGUGGUUCAGUAAAGAUGGGGGGAGCACGGGAAGCCAGCGGGUACACUGUAUCUAGAAAGAGCCAUUCUCUAAGGUUUCUAGCUGCUUGGCUUGGGGAGCGAUGCAAUCGCAUGUCAAUGUCUUGUUCCUCCAGCUGUUGUAGAACUACAACUUCCAGCUUGCAUUACUAGAGGGAAUGCUGGGAAGUGUAAAAACACAAAAGAUUUAGGGACAGGAUUCUGACAAACAGAUGCAUUACACAACUAAAAAAAAAUCCCAUCUUUAUACUGUAAAUUGAAAAUUGCCCACAAAUAUGUAUUUUCUCCAAUAAAUAUUUAGGGAAUUUUACAAAAUCUUCAUCUAAAAAUUGCACUGCAUUACGGGUGGGGUCUGUCUUUUUUCCUACUGAAUCUGUACAUCGACGAUGGUUGUAUUUAUUUAUUACAUUGAUUCAAGCAAAUUAAACCAUUUUUUUUAAAAAGGCACAACAAAAAUUGUAGAUAUUAGUUGGAUGUUAAGAGGUAUGCUUUCUAUUUUCUGUGUCCUUUUCAGCCCUGUAACGUGGCAGUUGUAUAGUGUUAAUAUAAGUACAAAUUGUCUCCAGUUGUUGGAAGUAAGUCAUGCCGAACCCUCUAGUCUGCUUUGUGUCUAAUGAGAAAAAAUAUAAGGAUUUUAUGGGUUCAAUUCGUUUGUCUGUUUGUUUGUUCGUUUGUUUGUUUCCUUGUUUCGUUCAAUGAAGCUGGAUUUCACAACAAAACAUACCUUUCUAUUUUUGUUACACUCUGCAUGUUGUCUAUUUCUUCCCGUUAGAAAUGGUGGGGGGCAGAAUAUCCAUAAAUUAUGUUCUGGACUAAAGUUAUUUAUAUGUUGUUAUAAUGAAUGCUUCUAUUUAAUGAAUCCCAUUUUUUUUUACAUGUGCAUUUCGCUUUGAUUUUUGGGUUUUUUUCUUCUCCAAAAUUGUGCCAUUAAAACUGAUUGUUGAUAAUAAAAAUGAAAAAUGUAAA